UAUAAACUGCAGAAGAAGAAGAGGGGGCAACAACAAAAAUAAAAGGACUGAAGGAAAUAACGUGCUGGGCUGCAAUGGAGUGCUACCUGCUGGAGCCGCUUUACCUGCUCUUCGCCCUGGCUUUGCUGCGGAGGUCGAGUGGGGGCGCCUCCAAGGAGCUGUCCUGCCAGGAGAUCACCGUGCCCCUGUGCAAAGGCAUCGGCUACAACUACACCUAUAUGCCCAACCAGUUCAACCACGACUCGCAGGACGAAGCCGGCCUGGAGGUGCAUCAGUUCUGGCCGCUGGUGGAGAUCCAGUGCUCGGCGGACCUGCGCUUUUUCCUGUGCAGCAUGUACACCCCCAUCUGCCUGGAGGACUACAAGAAGCCGCUGCCGCCGUGCCGGAGCGUGUGCGAACGGGCCAAGGCCGGCUGCGCCCCCCUCAUGCGGCAGUACGGCUUCGCCUGGCCGGACCGGAUGAAGUGCGAGCGGCUCCCGCGGCAGGGCCACCCGGACACGCUGUGCAUGGACUACAACCGCACCGAGGCCACCACCGCCGCGCCGCUCUUCCCCCGGCGGCAGCAGCCGGCGGCACCCCCCAGCGGCCGGCCGGCCCCCCCGGCGCCGGCGCCGCCGGCUGCCGCCGCCCCUCCCCCUCCCCAUCUCCCCCUUCCUCCUCCUCUUCCUCCCGGCGGCGGCGGCGGCGGCGGGAGCCCCGCCUUCCCGGGCCCGGCCUGCCAGCCGACCUGCCAGUGCCGGGCGCCCAUGGUCCGGCUCCAGAGCGAGCGGCACCCGCUCUACAACCGGGUCCGCACGGGCCAGGUGGCCAACUGCGCCGUGCCGUGCCACGGGCCUUACUUCACGGCGGACGAGAGGAGCUUCACCGCCUUCUGGAUCGGCCUGUGGUCCGUCCUCUGCUUCGUCUCCACCCUCGCCACCGUGGCCACCUUCCUCAUCGACAUGGAGCGCUUCCAGUACCCCGAGCGGCCCAUCAUCUUCCUGUCGGCCUGCUACCUCUUCGUGUCGGCCGGCUACCUGGUCCGGCUGGUGGCCGGCCACGAGAGCGUGGCGUGCGCGCGGCCGGCCGGCCCCGGCCGCCCCCCCACCAGCCCCCCACUCCUCCUCCUCCUCCAGCAGCCGCACGUCCACUACGAGACGACCGGGCCGGCCCUCUGCACCCUGGUCUUCCUGCUCGUCUACUUCUUCGGCAUGGCCAGCUCCAUCUGGUGGGUCAUCCUGUCGCUCACCUGGUUCCUGGCGGCCGGCAUGAAGUGGGGCAACGAGGCCAUCGCCAGCUACUCGCAGUACUUCCACCUGGCCGCCUGGCUGGUGCCCAGCGUCAAGUCCAUCGCCGUGCUGGCCCUCAGCUCGGUGGACGGCGACCCGGUGGCCGGCAUCUGCUACGUGGGCAACCAGAACCUGGACAACCUGCGGGGCUUCGUGCUGGCGCCCCUGGUCAUCUACCUGUUCAUCGGCACCAUGUUCCUGCUGGCCGGCUUCGUCUCCCUGUUCCGCAUCCGCAAUGUCAUCAAGCAGGGCGGCACCAAGACCGACAAGCUGGAGAAGUUGAUGAUCCGCAUCGGCAUCUUCACCGUGCUCUACACCGUGCCCGCCACCAUCGUGGUCGCCUGCUACUUCUACGAGCAGCACAACCGCCAGCACUGGGAGCUGACCCACAACUGCUCCUGCCUGAGCGAGCAAGAGGCCAGGAGGCCGGACUACGCCGUCUUCAUGCUCAAGUACUUCAUGUGCUUGCUGGUGGGCAUCACCUCGGGCGUGUGGAUCUGGUCAGGGAAGACCCUGGAGUCCUGGAAGGCUUUUUGCACUCGCUGCUGCUGGAGUAGCAAAGGAACCAGUGGCUCCAUGUACAGUGACGCUAGUACUGGACUAACCUGGAGAUCUGGCACCGCCAGCUCUGUGUCUUACCCCAAACAAGUGCCAUUAUCCCAAGUCUGAAAUUCCUCCCUCAAUCAAGCCCCUUGGAAGAUUCUCACCCAGCAUCUUUAUUAAAAUGUUAGUGAACUUCUAAUGGUAUCCAUUAGUCAGAAGUGAAGGACUGGCCAGAACAAUGUACCUGGCGCUAAUACUUCUAAAUCUUAACCAUUUAUAUGCACAAGGACAUCCAUUAAAUGUUAAAUUGGGGAGGGGAAGGAUUUUUUUUAUUAAUUGUGUCCACGACCAGAAACUUUUUAAACCGUUCGCGAUUUUAUGUUCAUGCAAGGAGUUAAUUCUUUAUUUUUAAUUGUUGGCAUUUUAUUAAAAUAAUUUAAUUAGAGGGACAAAAUGGCGUACUUGACACAAAUCUUAAUGGUUUAUAAGUCUGGGUACAUCAACCUGCCUUAAAAUCCUGUUUUUAGUAUCCCCAUGUAAUACGGGUUUCUCGCAAAGUUGUAUUUAUAUAAUUAUUUGUAUGAUGAACACAAAUCUGUAAAUUGUGUACAUAACAAAAGCGUUUUUGAAGUAUAUGCAGAGUAUGUAAAUUUUUUGUAAAAAAAAAAGUUUAGUGGUUGCCUUUGCCAGAGCGACAAAAUUAUUUGAAACAAUUAUUCUAUUUUGACAA